AUGGGUGAAACUGAUUUGUCGACUGUGCUUUCAAGUUCAACGACUAUUAUGAAGAGUAGUACUGGUAGCCAGUUAUCCAAUGAGAUAGCUUCAUCAUCUAGUCACAAAAUAACUUGUAGUGCUAUCAAAGAUAUUGGUGUCAACGAGUUGUUUGGCUCGGUACCUUCCAACGUGUUAUUGAAUGAUAAAGAAAUCAAUCCAAAUAUGCAUGAACUGUUCGGUGAGGCUAAUUUAAGUGAUGAUAGUAAUAGUGGUGAUUUUGAUAUCAAUCAAUUGCAGGGGAUCGAAGACGAUGAGAAUGAUCGUGAACUUUCAGAGAAUGGAGCUAGUAUUCAAAAAAGUUUAUCAAUUAAACAACAUUUAGAAAAAGAUAAAUUAAUUGAACGUCAUGUUAAUAACAUAAUUCAACUAGAUGAAGAGGUAACAAAAAGAAAUUCUACAUCAUCGUCUACUUUCAACGAAAAUAAUAAUAAUAAUUCAGUUAGUAUUGCUUUGGCAGCCUGUGCCUUACGACGUCAAAAAGCAAUCUCUGCACUGAACAAUUCUUCAUUUACUCCUAAUCCUGUCGUUUCAAUUAAAUCCACUGCUAUAACACCUGUUUCAAGUAGUACCGAACAGUCAACUUCAGUUGAUAAAGAUUGUUGGAUUGCAAUCCCUACAAAACUUAGAGUUUAUCGGCCACGAAUUUCCUCUGAACUUUGGUCCAGCAGAACUUCUGAUCGUGAGGUUCUCACUCUACCCCAAUAUAUUCAACGACAUCGUACUCACCAAUCUGUCAGUAACGCUAAAAAGUCUUUUACCAGUGAAGCCGUCGUGGUUGGCGUCAUUGGAUCCAAAUUGCCUCCACGUCGCUCUCGUAAUGACCGCAUUUAUUCUGUCUGGUGUUUAAGUGACUUGGAAAAUAUUGGUCCUGGCUCUUCAUCAGGGUGCUUGAAACUGUUUUUAUUUGGUAGCUGUCAUGAGAAAUUGUGGAAAGAGCCUGAAGGUAGUGUGGUUGCUAUUCUAAAUCCUCGCUCACUUACCUCUGGGGAAUCAUUUACGGAUGAUAAAGAUGUUAGUAUUACAUUGGAAUCACCAUUACAUGCUAUGAUUUUAGGUGAAUCACCUGAUUAUGGAGUUUGUAAUGCAACAACAAAAUCUGGUCAAUCAUGUUUUCAUGUUAUCAAUAAAAGCAUUUGUCGCUUCUGUGAUUUUCAUGUGAAAAAAGCUUAUAUAGAGGCAAGUACAUCUCGUCCAGGAUUUGUAAGUGCAAGUUUACCAGGAUUCGGUGGACAACAACGAAAAUCACGAUACACUGGUGAUCGUCCCCCAGACACACCUGAACCAGGUGUAUUUACACUUCCCAUAAAUACAAAUUUCUCGGUUGAUAACUGCUACAAACCUGUUGUAUCUUCAGCCAAAGUUAAACUGAGUCUGACCAAAUUAAAAGCGGCUGGUUAUCAAGUAAAUGCAUCUAUUGGAUUAGGUAAAAAUCCAGAAAUAACUAAAACAUCUCAAGGAUCAUCAUCAUCCCAAUCCUCUUCAUCAGCGGAUAAUAAUCAAAACUCAAAUUUAUCUGACAAGGAUAUCCCAUUAAUUACAGGAAAGGAUUCUCCAAUUACUAUUAAUCAGAGUAGUAAGAAGGUAAACAAAGAAAACUCAGAAAAAAACAUUCCAAAUCACAAUGAUCAAGUAAAAACUGAACUUAAUGAAGCAGAAAACAAACUCGUAUCUGUACUACGUCGACCAUCUGCUGGUUCUUUAAAUUUAUUAAGACAUUUAGAACAAGAAAGUGAAAAUGACACUGUCUCCGCUAUAUCCAAAACUGCUACUAAACGAUUCGUGAAUAAGUCAAAUUCUGAAAAACCUCUAAACAGUUCUCAAGAAUCAAGCUCACGUCUAAAUUCACCAUCUCCUGUAACGUUUGCUGAAUUUUUCUCCAAUAUUAAUGUAAAACACAAGCAUUCUGUAUCGACACGACCUACCAAUAUCAAACCUAGUCUGAGUAAUAAAUCAGAACAAUUUAUUGAUUUGGGUCCUGUACCGUUGACGACUAGUUCUCAAACAACUUUGUCACAAUCUGUAUCGUCAUCAUCAUUCAUAACAGAUGCAGCACGUUUGCGUGCUACAGCUUUAGUUAAUGCUCAAGGAGGUGUGAAUAAAAUGAUCGAAAAGGAAACUUUGAAACGGAAAGCAAAUAUUCCGAAGGUAUCAUCUUGUUCAAAAGUAUCGGUUUUAUCUGAAAUUCUCGAUAAUAAUCCUUCAAAACGUGCAAAACUCACUUCCUCUUCAUCUUUAUUGGAUGUAACAACUAAUCAACAUUCAAAGGAUGAAACAACUCGAAAAUUAUUAAAAGAAAAUCGUGCAAAAAAAUUAACUGAAUUAGCUAAACAAAUUAAUAAAGGUUCAGCGCAUAAAAAUCUAGUUGAUGUACUUGAAAAUCAAACUGAACAAAUUCGUUUGAAUAAUUUAGAAAAACGUGAUGAAUUUGAACAGAAACUUGUAAAUCAAGAUAAAGAAGCAUGUACAUAUGUAAUAUGUGAAACGUGUAAUUAUCGUGCUCUUAAAACAGCUCCUAACUGUCGCACCAGUAAUCAUCAAAUUAAAUAUCUAAAGGGUUUUAAACAUUAUUUUCGCUGUCGUCAGUGUUCAAAACGGACUGUAUCAUUAGACCGUUAUCCUUCAAAACCAUGCGAGCAUUGUGGUGAAUCUUUGUUUGAAAAAACUGGAAUAAUGAAGGAACGUAAAGGUGUAUUAUUACCCCAUGAACAACUUUUACCUCGAGGUAUUGAAGAGAAAUUUCUUAGCUAA